CUCCGAAGCUACGACCUGAACACACGACUCGAGUCUCGUUGGACGUAUCUCGCUACGAGAAUCAUCUCCGGUCUCGUCUGCCACGUUAAAUGGCAGAUGGUACCUACCGGUUCCAGCAGCCUGGGGCCGGGCAGUUCUUCUUUCAAGCGCAAUCUCAACAGAACGCACAUCAACGACACCUCCUUCGCAACGGAACCAGUUCUCCUAACGGAAGACUGAAGUUCAAUAACGAUACUCCCUCUCCCUCUCGAUCUCCUCCUCUGGGCCAGACGAACGGUCUCAAUCCAUACACCAUGUACAGCCAGGGACAUCAAGGGCAACAUGUCAUGAUGAACGGCGGGCAAGCCCACCAGAGAUUCGGCAUGCAGAUGCCCAAGUUCCAGCAUCAGAACCAUCACCCACACCACGCUCAGCAGCAACAUCAUCCUCACCACAACCAGGCUUCUCACACCGUCAAUCACCAGCACAACUUCACGGCGGCCGCCUUGGCCAGUACGACCCCACAUUUCACGCCAAGCCACCUUCAGAACGGGACUCCAGCGGCCGCCGAAGAUGAGAUCGACGAAUCCAUGAACGAACACUGGCAGCAGCAGCUUCAGCUGGCCGCGGAGUCACGGCAGUCUAAUUCCCCCCAUUAUUAUGCCCGGAGUGUUGCACAGCAGACAAAGGGCAUUCAGAUCAUUCAGCCCGAUGAGAAUGGAGACGGGCGGAAUGGUACACGUGGAAAGGAUGGCCGAAGACAAGGUUGGCAAGCUCUCGACUUUGGUGGACAGGGACUCCGUGCGAUAGCACCGUCGCUUUUUAACUACGUCUUCCUGGAAAAGCUGUAUCUCAACCACAACAAGCUCAAGGCCGUGCCUCCCUCCAUUGGAGAAUUGCGGAAGCUCAGUCACUUGGAUCUCUCCGGAAACGAUAUCAGCGAACUUCCAGAGGAGAUCGGCAUGCUCACGAACUUGAAAAAGCUCUACCUGUUCGACAACAACCUACACACGCUCCCGUAUGAGAUGGGAUAUUUGUACCAGUUGGACACCCUGGGAAUUGAGGGUAACCCGUUGAAUGAUGUGUUGAAGUCCCAGAUCAUGAAAGAAGGCACAAGGGCUCUCAUCAAGUACCUAAGGGAGGAGAUGCCAGUGCAAAUGCCACCCCCUGAGAGGGACUGGAUAGUCCUUGAUGAGACUGCUAACACAUCCAACGCCGCAUCUGACAAAUUUACGGUCCUAUCCUACAACACCCUGUGUGACCAGUCUGCCACGCAGUCUCAUUACGGUUAUACGCCAUCUCGGGCUUUGGCAUGGGAAUAUAGACGCGAUCUGAUUCUGAGCGAGAUCCGAGGACAUGACUCGGAUAUCGCCUGUCUGCAGGAGAUCGACCAAGGCAAUUACAAUGACUUCUUCCGGGAGCAGCUCGCCUACAAUGAUUACAAGGGUGUGUACUGGCCCAGAGGCCGAGCCAUGGGCAUGCAUGAAGAAGAGGCAAAGUCGGUGGAUGGAUGCGCUAUCUUUUUCAAGGGCAGCAAGUUUAUCCUUCUUGACAAGCAGAUGAUCAACUUCGGUCAGAUUGCUGUCAGAAGACCGGACGCUAAGGGUCAAGAUGAUAUCUAUAACCGUCUUUGGCAGAAGGAUCACAUCGCUGUCGUCGCUUUCCUGGAGAAUCGCAUGACGGGCAGCCGGUUGAUCGUGGUUAAUGCACACCUGUACUGGGAUCCCGCUUUCAAGGAUGUCAAGUUGAUCCAGACCGCCAUCCUGAUGGAAGAGAUCACGAAGCUUGCGGACAAGUACUCUAAAUGGCCUCCAUGCACCGAUAAGACUGCGUUCCGCUUUUCAGAGGCGGAAGCAACUCGGGAGGGCUCGGCGCCUCCUGAGCCUGCGGCAUCGGCCGAAUACUCCAGCGGUGAUCAGAUUCCUCUUGUCAUUUGCGGUGACUUCAACUCGUCCCCCGGUUCUGCUGCAUAUAACAUCAUUGCGAGCGGAGGGCUGACGGAGGAACACCCCGAUCUCGAGAAGCGGUUGUACGGAAACCUCAGUCGUGUCGGUAUGACCCAUCCGUUCAAGAUGAAGUCUGCAUAUUCCACGAUCGGUGAGAUGAGUUUUACCAACUACACUCCCGAUUUCAAAGACAUUCUGGACUACGUUUGGUACUCUUCCACCGCGCUUCAUGUCACCGGUCUCCUUGGUGAGAUCGACAAGGACUACCUGCGAAAGGUACCCGGAUUUCCUAAUUAUCAUUUUCCAAGUGACCAUAUCGCAUUGCUUGCGGAGUUCUCUGUUAAGGGGAAAAAGGGCAAAGUCGUGGAGGCGGAUUUCGGGCCGCAACGGGAUAAGACGAAUUGAUGGAAUGGAGCAUAUCACAUAUUAUGAGACUGGUGUUUUGUGUGCAGCCGGCUUUCCUCGCUAUCUCGGAAUCUUUGGGGUUCUUAUUCUGUAUGUCUGAU